UUGGGGACGAGGGCAAUGACGAACCGCUCGAGCGACCGUGCCCAAUCGGAACGCCGAAAGCUCAAUUUAGUUACGACUCAUACUUUGCCAUGACCACCGCUUCGACAUGCAAUUCCACUCCCACGCUGCCCCAACAUCGCCAUAGCCGCGUCGCCAGUGCUUUGGCCCAGCAGCGCAUCCACCGACUGGCCAGAAUACACCCCCUCGGACCUGCCCAGCGACCACGAGAGUCAUCAAACCACGACAACCCCACCACCCCACAUACCCUCGAUAUCCCGUUUGAAAUCUUGCGACUUUGGCCUGCGCCUUCGCUUUCGCACAGAUUCCCACCAUGCAGGGCGCAACAAUACAGGCGCCGGGACUGUCGACGUACCUCAAGUCGCUGAAGAGCACGCCUGUCGAUGCUUCGGUUGAGCAUUUCAUCUCACUCCUCAAGCGACGCCAAAUACGAAACUCGAGACCAUGCGCUAUAGCGACGACGGCUCUACUCUUGCGCGUCGUCGGCGAGUUCAAGGGAAGGGAUGCCGCAAAGCUCAUUGAGCGCAUAAAGCAGGUCGGCAGGCGGUUGACGUCGGCGCAACCACGAGAGGUAGUCGUAGGCAACAUCGUACGACGCGUACUGGGGCUCGUACGCGAGGUCGUCGACGAACAUGCCGAAGGGCAGACGCCAACGGGAAGCGAACCAGGCCACUCGACUCCACAGGCGCCCGCGCAGCACGACUCCCUUCACAGGCCAGCCUUGAACUCGAGCAUAUCCACCUUCAGCCCUCUCAGACAUGCCGUCGCCGAACCCAUGCACACAAGUGUCUUCACCGACAACGCAUCCGACGUUAGCGAACCCUCGAGACGGCCCCCGUUACUCACCUCACACACUUCGUAUGCGCCCACCUCGUCCGCUCCUCUAGUCCACUCGCUAUUCGGCCUCUUCUCCCAGCCCGCAGACACACCCUCGACCACAAGUACACCCACAGGCCAGGCUUCGCCAAACGGCAAGAGCACUCUCACAGCACUCAACCUGGAGCGCCUCGAGGGUAUCAACAGGAGCCAGAAUCUCGACCUCAAGGGCGAGGUCAUGGAGGGCAUAAGAGAACUCCAGGACGAGCUCGAAACAUCAGACAAGCAGAUUGCCGAAGUUGCCCUCGAGCACAUUCACGCCAACGAGAUUAUCCUCACCCACACUGCGUCGACAACAGUCCAGAAGUUCCUCCUGUUCGCCGCACGAAAGCGCAAGUUUACCGUCGUACACGCCGAGACAUAUCCCCACGAUCACACUGCCACCCAUGGCAUCCUCCUUACCGGUAAAAAGCGAGAGGCGAACCCAGAUGACGACGCCGACGACGACAAGUGGAAGCCGCUCACCGACGCCGGCAUCCAAGUCUACGUUAUCCCAGACUCACAUGUCUUCGCCAUAAUGUCUCGCGUCAACAAGGUCAUUCUAGCGACACACACCGUGCUGGCCAACGGCGGCCUGGUUGCUGCAGCCGGAGCACACAUGAUUGCAAAGGCUGCCAAGGAGCACCAGACGCCUGUUGUGGUGCUCAGUGGAGUAUACAAGCUCAGUCCAGUCUAUCCGUUCGACAUCGACGAGCUGAUCGAGCACGGUGAUGCAGGAAGUGUAGUGCCCUACGACGACGGCGAGUUUGUCGACAAGGUCGAUGUUGAGAACCCUCUGUAUGACUACGUUCCUGCAGACCUUGUGGAUCUCUACAUUACCAAUCUUGGUGGACAUGCACCUUCAUACCUCUACCGCAUUGUAGCGGACCACUACCGCUCCGAGGAUAUCACUUUGUAAUUUAGCCACGAGCCACGGCGUUAUGAUACCAACCAAGCCUAGAAGGGACAGGAAAAAGUGUCGGCAGCAAACAAUGUUACCCCACCUAGAGUAGCAUUACUCUUCUCUACAGUCAUGCAUUGCCUGAAAGCAAUAAAUACAGCACAAAUUCCUCAUCCAUUCAACCCGAGGCACGUAUGCCGCCAUCUUCACCAUCACCGACUCGUGCCCUCGCCCUCCACCCGCCCAACUAGCACACUUCCUACAUACCCUUGACCCCCAUUGGCCGCCCUUUCGUGCCCCUUCUGCACAUACCCGUAACCCAUAGGUUACCACCCCCAUCAUUGGUCGCACGAACUUUAGCAGUGUGCCCUUCGGCCAUGGGAAAUCAACGGUUUCUGUCAGAAUUACCGCGUUGGGUAGUUUGACGAUGCGUGAGGGUGGGCCGGCGGGGCGGCAAGGGGCACUGUGGCGCUUUUGGGUAAAUAGUUGUGCCAAAGUGUGUAG